AUGCUUUCUAUAAACAUUACACAAAACUUAUUUCCCAGUUUUCACAAUGACGAACGGUUAUUAAUAUUCUAUUCUUUUAUAGCAAAACUCUCAAGAAUUAGUAUCCAUGUCGAAUUUUGGUUAUCUAUUUUUGGAGGAAUUCUAACAAUAUUUCAUUUUUUAGUACUUACGAGAAAGGCGAUGAAAUCAACCUCAAUAAUAUCACUGAUGAUUAGUGUCGCUAUCUGUGAUUUUUUAUCAAUGAUUGUAUCAAUAAGCUCGAAAGAUAUGAUUUUGAACUUUUAUGGGUCAGACUGCACACCGCCAAACUCCUUUCUAACGUUUCAAAUCUUUUGGGUCUUAAUGUCCAUCCGUGAUGGUGUGGUGAGAUGCUCAACUUGGCUUACAGUCCUGAUGGCACUUAUUCGGUUUUUGGUUUCAAAAUAUGCGUCUGAAGUUCGAUAUCAAAAAAUGUCAAUGUUCAUCUUCGGAUUCAAGUCUUCUGCGUUUAGUGUUUUUAUCAGUUCACUGAUGUCUUCUUGUUUUUAUCUUUGUAUAAAAUUUGUCGAAAUUGGAACUUGGACUCCUGCAAAUUGCUGCACAAAUAUUCCACUAGACUCUCAAUUUCCACUCUACGAACAACGGGUUUCGGAUUUGUUCUCUCUUUAUGAUGGCGCACCUGUUCAGAUUUUUCAAUUUAUAAAUGGAAUAUUUUCGAAGUUGAUUCCAUGUAUCAUAUUGCCUCUUCUAACUACUCUACUAGUCGUGGAGUUGAAGCGAACCGAGAAGAGUAGAAUAUCUUCGAGUGUGCUUUACAAGAACAACACUGAAAAAACUACAAAUUUAGUAAUUAUCAUGACAUUUUCUAUUUUCUUGGCCUCACUGCCAACCGGUAUUGCCACAGUUUUUCAGGUCAUCUAUAGCGAUUUGGGAUUUUUAUUUAUUUAUAUCAAUGUGGAUGCAAUCUGUGAUACUCUACUGCUUUGGAAUGCUUCUACAAAUUGUUUCAUAUGCUUUUUAAUGUCUUCCCAGUACCGUAAUACUGCCAAAAAAUUGUUGAAGAUAAAAGUUCACGUUAACAAUAACCAUUUAAUUGGCACACCAUUACGAAGGACUACAACUUAA